AUGGAUCAUACAAAUGUGAGCACAACAACUUAUUUCAUCAUUACUGGGAUAUCAGAUGAGCCUUUGUUACGAUGUUUUGUUUUCUUCCUGGUCCUGGUCAUCUAUCUCCUCACCCUUGGAGGUAACAUCAGCAUCUUCCUCCUUGUUUGUCUAGAUCACCAUCUCCAUACACCCAUGUACUUUUUCUUGGCCAACUUGUCUAUCUUGGACAUUAGUUGUUCUACAAUCACUCUUCAUAAAAUCCUUAUUUCUUUUAUAUCUGGAGAUAACACUGUCUCAGUUGUUGGAUGUCUUGUGCAAAUUUUUGCCUUUUUGUCACUGACUUGUGAUGAACUGUUGGUUUUGGCAGCUAUGAGUUAUGACCGCUAUGUUGCUAUCUGUAACCCUUUACAUUAUCAUCGUGUCAUGGAUUCUAAACUUUGUGUCCUUCUGGCCUCUUUAUGUUGGGUUUGUGGUUUCAUUGAAAGCAUACCAACUUUAAUGGAACUCUUCAAAUUAACAUGUUAUGAAUCCAACAAGAUGGACCAUUUCUUCUGUGACAUUAUUCCUGUCCUGAAGUUGUCAUGCAGUGAUUCGUCUUUUCUUCAGCUCUACAUUCUCAUUGUAGGGACAUUUAUUGGUGGUUCUACGCCUUUUGCCCUUACAUUCAUCUCCUACAUUUUUAUAAUUAUCGCCAUCUUGUCCAUACGUUCUAGCAGUGGCAGACAUAAAGCCUUCUACACGUGUUCCUCUCAUCUUACAGUUGUCAUCUGUUUCUAUGCUUCUCUUGUUUUCCAGUAUUUGAGGCCAAUGUCUUCCAUUAAUUUAGGCUCCAAUAAAUAUUUCUCUUUGUUUAACACAGCUGUCGUCCCUAUACUGAACCCCCUGAUCUACAGCUUAAAGAAUAAAGAUGUAAAAGCCACUAUAAGGAGAAGAAUGAGAACUGGUUUAUCAACAAAAACUCAAGGAUAUAAUGGAAAUACUGAAAUAAAUAAAACCAGGAGUUAA